GCCUUGGUCGCGGGCUUCGCACACUUCGCUCCUCUCAUAAUAUAAGGGCUGGAGCUGGACUGCGUAAUUGUCAGACAACGAUCACGUGUCAUCGCCGUCGGACUCCAGUCUGCUCAAUUUCUCAAUCGAUCGUCAUUCGAACAUACCAGGAUUUUACUCUCGAAGCGAUUCAUGUUGUACUUUGAUUGACUGCUUAGAGGUUUGGGUCUGCAACCUCUACUGUUGAACCUCUACCGUCCAUAGCUGGUGGUUAUUGCUCUGAUGGUCGAGGAAUUGAGAUUGAUUGCAAGUCAACCUGUUCCGCCGGGAACUCUGUGCCGAUGUUCUGCAGUGGUGAGGCGUAUAGGAAAGGAUCAUGCAAUUCGCCGUUCGUGGACAUCUUUGUUCUCCCUACUGUAGCGCUAAAACAGUUGAAGUUCUUAUAGCUUCGUGGUUCCAUUCUUCGUUUUGGAAUGAAAGAACUUUGCCGCGUUCCGCAGUUGACACACAGCUGGGCAGUUAUUUUAUAAAACCCACUAUUGUUGCAGAUAUGGGGUUGGAUGCUGGGCUGAUUGUGCAGAAGACGCAGAGGAAGCUAAGGCUACUUGGCUUGCAUGGCUUUCGGACAAGUGGAGAUAUCCUUCAGCGCCAACUUUCAAAGUGGGACCCUUCUUUGCAUGAUCUAAUCGAUGUGGAUUGCAUCGAUGCUCCUCUUCCCUCCGUUGGGAAAUCGGACGUAGAGGGCAUCUUCGAGGGCCCUUACUACGAAUGGUUUAGAUUUAACAAGGAUUUCACUGAGUUUUAUUACAUGGAUGAGAUGUUCUCUUACAUUACGGAUUACAUGAAGUUGCACGGACCGUACGAUGGUUUGAUAGGUUUCUCUCAGGGAGCGAUUAUUUCUGGAUGCAUUGCUGGACUUCAAGAAAAGGGGCUAGCGCUACAAGAUGUGCCACCCAUUCGAUUAGUCGUCCUUGUGGCUCCUGCUCAACUCCGAGCGCCGCAUUUGAAAAUCGUAUACGAAGAACCCACUAUCAAGUGCCCCACAUUGGCAUUUCUUGGAGACAAGGACUGGUUGAGAUCUGCUGGCUUGGACGCGCUUAAGUCAUUUGCAAACUGCACAAUCAUCAACCAUCGUCAUGGUCACACGGUUCCUAGAUUAGAUGAAGCAGAGACUGCAACCGCAGCCCGAUUCUUGAAGUCACAACUCGCUGCUAUCGAUGCGAUGCCCCAAGAUCAAGUGAAAGAUUCAUAUCUGACCUUCACAGCUGUGCACAACAUUGUAGAUUCCAAAGUACACAUCAACCCACGCAAUGAAGACAUUUACGCCACACCUUGAUCAAAAGUAGUGCAGUACAAGAACAUAUGUACGAUACUUCCCUUGUCACUCUCACUGUGACCCAUUGCAGGGGCACGAACAGGUGAUACGUUGUAUCAAAAAAAUUGGAAUCUAGAAUGUAGAACCAAAUUUUUACAGCAUCCCUUAGUACCUGUAGCAUACAAUUUAUCGCUGCAGGUUUAGAAGUAGUGUCAAAUUCGAUGCAAUUUUUUACGUGCAAAAUGUGGGGCUUUACAGAGUGAAGUAUGUCAGAGCACUGAAUCACUUCGUUUGCUUCGCCCCGCUCUUCAAGAACUCAUUGCAUAGUUUUGCAUUGGUUAAGGUGAAGGGACACAUGAAUAAACACGGUCUGGGACUUCUACCUCUACUUGCAUCA